ACCGUGUCUGGCCACCGAAAGCACAAACUUAAUUAAAGAAUUAAAUAAUUCUUAUAAUAAUUAAGCCGAAUAACCUACGCAGUACGAGUGCGUAACAGAGAAAAGGAUUCCACACAGCGACAGCGAAAUCAUGGUAGUGUUGGAGACGGAGAAGGCAAUCUGUGUUUUUAUGUCAAAUACGUGCGCGUGUGUGUGUGUGCUGUAAUUCCAUCGUCACUUUCGAUUCGGAGUUCGCUAGGGACAGUUGUUCUUUUUUUACUUACCAGUAGUCCCCAAAGUGAAACAGGAUACUUCACAUACUCACAAUACUAAACACCCCACUCAACAUACAAGUUUAACGAGAUUUUUGUAUUAUCAUUACUUAGUUUUUUGGUUAAUAAUACACAAGGAAAAAGCGAACUGCAGGGAAGAUAUCAAGAAACAAUCCAAAAUCCACACACACUCGAACAGAAAUCAAAAGCUUCGCUCUCUCGCACACACACACGCACCACCACCACCACCACAACUAUCACAAACACCACGACAGAGAGAGCGGCAAGUGAAUCACGGCGAAUCCGAAUCCUCUCCGGAACUGAUCCUACCAUCAAACGCAUCCAAAAACACGGCCGCCAACAUGCAGAGCGACUUUCACAGAAUGAAGAACUUUGCCAAUCCCAAGUCCAUGUUCAAAACCAGCGCCCCAAGCACCGAGCAGGGUCGUCCGGAACCACCCACUCCGGCUGCUGCCCCCGCAAAGAUCGCCGAGGUUAAGGAUGUCAAGCCCAAGGAGGAUCCGCAGGAGGCUGGUGAGCCGACCGUCGGAGGCACUACAUCGACCACCGCCUCCGCUGGCGACGAUGCCGUGCGCACCGAGCAUUUGUUCAAACACCCGCUCAUGAACGUGUGGACCCUGUGGUACCUCGAAAACGAUCGAUCCAAGUCCUGGGAGGACAUGCAGAACGAGAUCACCAGCUUCGACACCGUCGAGGACUUCUGGAGUCUGUACAACCACAUCAAGCCGCCAUCAGAGAUUAAAGUGGGCAGUGACUACUCGCUUUUUAAGAAGAAUAUUCGUCCCAUGUGGGAGGAUGCUGCCAACAAGCAGGGCGGUCGGUGGGUGAUUACCCUCAACAAAAGCUCCAAGAGCGACCUGGAUAACCUAUGGCUUGAUGUGCUGCUUUGCUUGAUUGGCGAGGCCUUCGAUCACUCCGAUCAGAUUUGUGGUGCUGUCGUAAACAUUCGCGCCAAGAGCAACAAGAUAUCCAUCUGGACUGCAAACGGCAACAACGAGGAAGCUGCCCUGGAGAUUGGCCACAAACUGCGCGAUGCCCUGCGCCUGGGACGCAACAACUCGCUGCAAUACCAGUUGCACAAGGACACGAUGGUCAAGCAAGGCUCCAACGUCAAAUCGAUCUACACCUUGUAGGUCGCCGCACCUCGCCCGCCAUCCGAUCCCUCAGAGUUUAGUUUGUGUCGCCUUUAUUUAUGGUUAUAAACAUCAGCGAAUGAUCGUAACUCUUGUCCAAGACUUGCGUAACGAAUCCGGAAUAGACCCCUUGUUAUCAAAAAUCGGCAAGCAUAAUAUCUGCUUUUUGUAGUCAUUGUCAAUAUUGGAUUUAACGGAAAAGUAUAAUAAAAAAAACCUAUAAUAAAACCGGA